GCCGCGUGGGUCGAGCUCCAUGCCAGAAACCCCCAACCCUAGUGGCUUCCGCUGCCCCGGUUGUUGUUUCCCUGCGGAAAUAUAAGUGCCUCCGCCCACCGCCUCCUCCUCAAGGACCUCCUUGCUUCCUCCUGACACAACCAUUCUUUGGAAGUAGUAGAAGAAGGGCAAAGGAAGAGAAGAAGUAUAAGGGGGGCAGAAUGGCGCUGGCGUUCGACGAGUACGGCCGGCCCUUCAUCAUAAUCAAGGAGCAGGGGCAGAAGGCGCGGCUGCGGGGCCUCGAGGCGCAGAAGGCCAACAUCUCCGCCGGGAAGGCCGUCGCUCGUAUCCUUCGUACCUCGCUCGGCCCCAAGGGCAUGGACAAGAUGCUGCAGAGCCCCGAUGGCGACGUUAUCGUCACAAAUGAUGGGGCCACUAUCUUGGAGCAGAUGGAUGUUGAUAAUCAGAUUGGCAAACUGAUGGUGGAAUUAUCUCGUAGUCAGGACUAUGAAAUUGGUGAUGGUACCACUGGGGUUGUUGUUUUGGCUGGUGCACUUCUCGAACAGGCUGAGAAGCUUUUGGAACGUGGUAUUCAUCCUAUUAGAAUUGCUGAGGGCUAUGAAAUGGCCUCUAGGCUAGCUGUGGAUCAUCUUGAGCACAUAUCACAGAAAUUUGAAUUUAGUGUUACCAAUAUAGAGCCUUUGGUGCAAACUUGCAUGACAACAUUAUCUUCAAAAAUUGUUAACCGUUGCAAGCGUGCGUUAGCUGAGAUUGCUGUUAAGGCAGUUCUUGCAGUUGCAGAUUUGGAGAGGAAAGAUGUUAACUUGGAAUUAAUUAAGGUUGAAGGAAAGGUCGGAGGAAAAUUGGAAGACACAGAACUCAUUUACGGAAUUGUUGUCGACAAGGAUAUGAGCCACCCCCAAAUGCCAAAAAGAAUUGAAGAAGCAAAGAUUGCUAUUCUUACAUGCCCAUUUGAACCACCCAAGCCAAAGACAAAGCAUAAGAUUGACAUUGACACUGUUGAAAAAUUUCAAACUCUACGCCAGCAAGAGCAGAAAUACUUUGAUGAUAUGGUCCAAAAAUGCAAGGAUGUUGGUGCAACCCUAGUUAUCUGUCAGUGGGGUUUUGAUGAUGAGGCAAAUCAUUUAUUGAUGCAUCGAAAUUUGCCUGCUGUUAGAUGGGUUGGUGGUGUUGAAUUAGAAUUAAUUGCAAUCGCUACAGGUGGGAGAAUAGUUCCGAGGUUCCAGGACUUGACAGAUGAAAAGCUGGGAAAGGCUGGAUUAGUUAGAGAAAAAUCAUUUGGAACAACUAAGGACCGGAUGUUGUAUAUUGAACAUUGUGCUAACUCCAGAGCUGUAACAAUUUUCAUUCGUGGCGGUAACAAAAUGAUGAUAGACGAAACUAAGCGUAGUCUUCAUGAUGCACUUUGUGUGGCAAGGAAUCUGAUCCGUAGCAAUUCAAUUGUUUAUGGUGGUGGCUCUGCAGAAUUAUCUUGCUCAAUUGCUGUAGAAGCUGCUGCAGACAAAUAUCCUGGGGUUGAGCAGUAUGCUAUCAGGUCCUUUGCUGAAGCUUUAGAUUUUAUUCCGAUGGCUCUUGCUGAGAACUGUGGCCUCCCACCUAUUGAUACUGUUACAGCUGUCAAAUCUCAGCAAAUUAAGGAAAAUAAUCCUUAUUGUGGUAUAGAUUGCAACGAUGUUGGGACAAAUAACAUGAUGGAGCAGAAUGUAUUUGAGACGCUGAUUGGCAAACAACAACAGAUCUUGCUGGCAACUCAAGUAGUGAAAAUGAUUUUGAAGAUUGAUGAUGUGAUCACUCCAUCCGCCUAUUGAUUUUGGAGGAUAAGUUCCUAAGCUAAGAUCUAUUUGUCAGAAUUUGCUAUGGCUAAGUGGGAUAUAAGCAUUAUCCUUGCAUCCAAAGACUCUCAUUGCAUCUCUUUUGUGCUUUCUUAAUGAUUUAUGAGUGUACAAUGUCAGUCUUGCGACAAUUUUGUCACCGGCCAAUCUAUCGGCAUCAUAUGUAUUUCGUUUCAUUUGGUUCUUUCCAAAUGGGAAAUUGGAAAAGAAGACUGACUGUAUGCACUUGAAGUCUGGAUUUGAUACACUGCAACUCUUGAUGUUCUAGGAAUCUGGGUAGCUAGAAUUUCUUUCA